CAUAGCAGGCAGCUAGGCUAUCUCCCGCCUCCCACGCUUGGUUCCAGCCACCGGAGCUGCCCUGCUCGGACGCAGCACCCGAUGGCGGCCACGGCGGCCGCAGCCGCGGUGCGCCCGUCGCCACCGCGCGAGGGCAGCGCCGCCUGCUGCUCGCUUGCGCCGGCGACCAGAGCGCGGCCCACACGCUUGCCGUCCUCUGUAAUUCCCGUGCAGAGAUGGCGCUGCACCGUCACCCAUCCCCGGAGCCGCCGGCUCCACGGGCCGCGCUGCAGCCAGUCUGAAGUGGCGAGCAGCACCGUGGACGACGACGAGGCGUGCGAGCUGGUGAGGGGCACAGACGUCGUCAUCGGGCAGGGCGACGACGAGAGCGUCCGCGCCUACCUCCUCGAGGCCGUCAAGAACAACAACGGCACCUGCGUCCUCUUCCUCUCCGACGUCUUCGGCUUCGAGGACUCCGCCACCCGGGACUUCGCCUACCGCAUCGCCUGCCACGGCUACAACGUUCUGGUGCCGGACCUGUUCCGCGGGAACCCGUGGAAGAAGAGCCUGCCGAUGGAGGGGUUGCAGGAGUGGCUCGCCGAGCAGGCCCCGGAGAGGGUGGCCGGCGACAUCGACACGUGCAGGAAAUGGCUGGUUGACGACUUCUUGGCGGCGGAACCGUCCAAGAAGCUGGGCGUGGUCGGGUUCUGCUACGGGGGCGGCCGCCUCGUGGAGACGCUGGCGCGCGACGCCGGCGCCUGCUUCAGAGCGGGCGUCUGCUUCUAUGGGUCCCGGAUGGACGCGUCGCUCGGGGCACAGAUCACCGCGCCGGUGCUGUUCGUGUGCGGCGACGGCGACCCGCUGUGCCCCGUGGAGACGGUGCGGGAGCUGGAGAGGAGCGCGAGGGGCGCCAAGGCGGCCGUGUACGCCGGCAGGGGCCACGGGUUCGCGCACCGGCCGGAGUCGCUGGAGGACGACGGCGACGCCGAGGACGCGUUCGCGAUGAUGAAGAGCUGGUUCCACGACCACCUGCUUGCUUGAUCUGAUCAGCUGUCGGGUGUCGUGUGUACAUUCUGUUUGUUGUGUUUGAUUGCAACGGGUGAAGACUGAAGAGGUAAAGUGCAUUGUUAACACUCAAAUACGGAUUCACUUCUCGCCGCUACUGAGUUCAGGCCCAAAGCCUUGAUACAUGUAGAGUCGAGAAUAGAGAGAGUGUGGAGAGGGAGGAAGGGGGACUGGGGUGCCACGAAGCCGUUUGUCCUGAACGUUCUCUGCCUCUGUUUUUUUUUUAGAAAAUCUCUGUAUUUGUUGUAUGUCUGCCUGUGAUAGCAAUUGGGCUGAGCCCAUUAACAGUGCAAGCACUGGUCCA